AUGGCUAGCUUUUUCGACCUCAAGGCCAGGAAGGCGGCUGCUGCGAAUGGCACUUCCAACCCAGAGAAACAGACAAAGGAAACUCCUAGGGCACAACCUUGGGUAGAGAAAUACCGCCCAAAGACCCUUAGCGAUGUCACAGCCCAAGACCACACUAUUACCGUUCUCCAAAGGACAUUACAAGCUACCAACCUCCCACACAUGCUCUUCUACGGCCCUCCAGGAACGGGCAAGACCUCGACCAUCCUCGCCCUCGCCAAGGAGCUCUAUGGCCCCGAACUCAUCAAGUCCCGCGUUCUUGAGCUCAACGCCUCCGACGAGCGCGGCAUCUCCAUUGUCCGCGAAAAAGUCAAAGACUUUGCCCGUAUGCAGCUCACCAACCCCUCGGCGGCCUACAAGGCGCGCUACCCAUGCCCGCCCUUCAAGAUUAUCAUCCUCGACGAGGCCGACAGCAUGACGCAAGACGCCCAGAGCGCGCUGCGCCGCACCAUGGAGACAUACUCGAAGAUCACGCGGUUCUGCCUCAUUUGCAACUACGUCACCCGCAUCAUUGAUCCGUUGGCGAGUCGUUGCAGCAAGUUCCGGUUCAAGAGUCUCGACCAGGGGAACGCCAAGAAGAGGCUGGAGGAGAUUGCGCAGCUCGAGGGAGUCGGGUUAGAAGAGGGUGCCGUAGAUGCGCUGAUCAAGUGCAGCGAGGGCGAUUUGAGAAAGGCGAUCACGUACUUGCAGAGUGCGGCGAGGUUAGUCGGUGCCGUUGCAGCUACAGCUAAAGACGGGGAACAAAAAGAGGGAGAAGGGGGCGAUGAGAUGGAGGUGGACGCCAAGCUGGUCACCGUCAAGGUCGUGGAGGAUAUUGCCGGUGUCAUCCCUGACGAUACCAUCCAGAGGCUACUCAAGGCGAUGCGGCCCCGUGCUGGGGCGGAUACGUACCGGGCGGUCGCCAAGGUGGUCGAGGAGAUGGUGGCGGAUGGGUGGAGUGCUGGACAGACCAUGACGCAGCUCUACCAAGCGGUGGUCUACGACGAGAUGAUUCCAGACGUACAGAAGAAUAAGAUCGUCAUGGUGUUCUCGGAGGUGGAUAAGAGGUUGGUGGACGGUGCAGACGAACACUUAUCUAUACUGGACCUCUCGCUACGGAUAUCGGGCAUCCUGGCUGGCAGGUAA